GAAUCUUUUACUCUCAUGUUUAAGCUCUCGGGCUCAGGCGCCCAGCUAACUAUGGUUAACUUUCCCGUGUAUUAAGGAAUGGAAAAUGGAAGGUUAAAACCCAUGCCUCUGAGAGAAUUGUACCUGACGGGUUGACUUCUGCGUAAAUUGGACGAUCUCUGUUGCUGUUUUAUUCUUCUUGUCCGAGUGCCGAAAAGACGGCACAAGACGCCAAGAUGAAACAGAGCUCAGAAUUACGCUGUCUGAAUAACAAAAAUUUCAUCACUACCAUGUCGGGCAAUGAGGCGUAGAUUAAAGAAUGGGAUGCGUUAUCAGUCGAGAAGUGUCAUCAGGUAUAAUAUCCGAGGCGAAGGAGGAGAGGACUCCAAAUGCUCCGUCAAAUAGGGAGGUAGAUGAUGUCUCAGAGGGGAAAGUAGAUAGGAAUGUUGUUGAGGUUGAUAGCGGGGGGAAAGAGGAGGUGGAGAAGGAGAAGGAUGGUGGUGAUGGGGGUCAGCGGCUGCCCAGGGAGAGAAGAAAGUCUAGGGCGAAUCCAAGGUCAAGUAAUCUACCAAAGCACUCACGAGGAGAGCAGGUUGCAGCCGGAUGGCCACCGUGGCUUACAAAAGUGUGUGGGGAGGCACUCGGUGGGUUGAUUCCAAGAAGGGCGGACAGUUUCGAGAAGAUUGAUAAGAUUGGGCAAGGAACAUAUAGUAACGUGUACAAAGCUAGAGAUAUAUUGACGGGUAAAAUUGUUGCACUAAAAAAGGUUCGAUUUGAUAACUUGGAACCUGAGAGUGUGAGAUUUAUGGCUAGAGAAAUUCUCAUAUUGCGGCGUUUAGAUCAUCCCAAUGUUGUGAAGUUGGAGGGUUUGGCUACAUCAAGGAUGUCUAGUAGUUUGUACCUGGUCUUUCAGUACAUGGAGCAUGAUUUAGCUGGACUUGCUGCUAGUCCAGGAAUUAAAUUUACAGAGGCUCAGGUCAAAUGUUAUGUGCAUCAAUUACUAUCUGGACUUGAGCACUGUCACAACCAUGGAGUGCUUCACCGUGACAUUAAAGGAUCAAAUCUUCUUAUUGACAAUGGUGGGAUACUAAAGAUUGCUGACUUUGGGUUGGCUUCUAUCUUUGAUCCAAACCACAAGCGCCCCAUGACUAGUCGAGUGGUCACACUUUGGUAUCGACCUCCUGAACUCCUUCUUGGGGCUACCGAUUAUGGAGUGGGCAUAGACCUAUGGAGUGCAGGUUGCAUUUUAGCUGAGUUAUUGGCUGGGAAACCAAUUAUGCCAGGCCGUACAGAGGUUGAGCAACUGCAUAAGAUAUACAAACUAUGUGGCUCACCCUCAGAUGAAUACUUCAAAAAAUUGAAGUUGCCUAAUGCAACCUUGUUCAGGCCCCGAGAGCCUUACAAAAGAUGCAUUAAAGAGACGUUUAAAGACUUUCCUCCAUCAUCCUUGCCCCUUAUUGAUACUCUUCUUGCAAUUGAUCCAGCAGAACGGCUGACGGCCAUGGCUGCAUUAAGAAGUGAGUUUUUCACAACCGAACCUUACGCUUGUGAACCGUCUAGCCUCCCACAAUAUCCCCCCAGCAAGGAAAUGGACGCUAAACGACGGGAUGAUGAAGCUCGGAGAUUAAAAGCUCCAAGUAAAGUCCAGGCUGAGGGUGCAAAGAAAACACGGACACGUGGUCGUGCUGUUAGGGCAUUUCCUGCUCCAGAAGCCAAUGCUGAGCUUCAGUCUAAUCUUGACAGAAGGCGUCUUAUUUCUCAUGCAAACGCAAAGAGCAAGAGUGAGAAGUUUCCUCCACCACACCAAGAUGGACAACUCGGCUUCCCCUUGGGAGCAUCAAAUCGUAUUGAUCCUGCAAUUGUUCCACGAGAUGUCCCAUUUAGUUCAACUUCAUUAACUUACUCAAAAGAACCACUCCAAACAUGGUCAGGUCCACUGGGUGACACGGGUAGAGCUCAUGCUCCAAGGCGGAAAAAAAAUGCUCCAGGUGACGAACGAGGAACCAUCAAAACCAGAGACAGGAGCUCAUGAGGAUAAAAGAUCCGGUGCUCGUAGUAAAGGAAAGAAAAACAUGGCUUAAACUUGAGCGUACAGAUCAAGAUGUAGAUUUGUUUGCUGGAUUGCCUAUGCUCACACUGUUUCGAUGAGUACUCGUACUGCAAUGCAAUGCAUUUCAUAUUAAACUCAGCCUGGCUUCUUUUGGCAUCAAAAAAUGUAAUUGAUUGGUUAGAGGUGCAGGGCGUAUAAUCAAUUUUUACUUCUAUUGUCCCUUACUUUCCCCCCCAAUAAGAUCAGAAAAGAAAUCUAUUCAAUUGCAGGAACAGUGGAAAAUUCUUGUACUAUGUAUAUCUUGAUUUCUUGUUGUCUCCAA